AUGACGCGAACAUUGGCUAUUCUCACCCUCGACGUAAAAAACGUCGCGUUUUCGCAACCCAACGACCGUUGGCGAAAGUUACGACGGCUGGCGACGCUCCAUCUUCUAUAUGCAAAGAAAUUGCGGGAGAGCCUUCCUGUGCGAGAAGGGGAGGUUCGCGACAUGCUCAAUGCGAUCGUUGCUGACGCAGCUGCGACAGAUGUGACUAAAACGAGUGAAGCGGCAGACGGUGCGAAAUAUGCCGCCACCGAGGCGAACGAGGGGAUAGAGCUGCGAAAGUAUCUAAAUCGGGUUACCCUCAACAACAUCAUGCACUUGACUGUCGGGAAGCGCUUCAGCUAUUCCUCCAUUCGCGGCGCGGCCGGCGUCACGCCAAAGGCGAUUCUCGAGGCUGCGAUGAAGAUCGACUGGAACGAGCGCAUCGCCACAAGAACCGGCGAGAUGGGGUCUGAUUCAGCGGCGGAAGGUAACUGUGCGGCGGCGGCGGCGGAAGGUAACUCUUCCAAGUUAUCCUCCCUGACAGAAGAGGAGGAGGGAGAGCUUGCGUUUGCGAUCAUGGAGGAAACUUUUGCUCUUGUCGGGCCAUUCAAUCUCACGGAUUACGUUCUGUGGCUAAGCUACAGGGACCCGCAACGCAUAUACGUGCGCAUUGAACGUCUGACGCCGCUGCUGCACGGAUUUCUGCGCGCGUGCAUCGAGGAGAGACGGCAACUGCUGAAGGAUUCCAAAAAUCAAUCCCGCAUUCGCGACGCGCCGAGUCCAAGCCGCGAAUCCGCAGCUGAGGAUUUAAGCGCCGCGUCUGGUAAUGCGGACGGGUCGCGUAAGGAGGGGUCGGAUCAAAAGGCACCCGAAGCCGCUUUUGUUGAUGCGUUGUUUGAGAUUGAAGGGGAAGGGGAGGAUGAGAUGGAUAAAGACGAGAUGUUGAUGCUCGUGACGCUGGAGUGGGCGCUUGCUGAGCUGGCGCAGCACCCUGACAUGCAGGAGAGGGUGCGCGCUGAGGUGGAUGCGGCGUAUGCCAGGUCAGCAAGUGCAGAAGCUGAAACUGGGGCAGCUGAAGCAGGAGGAACGGAUUUCAUGGUCUCUCUUCCGGUAGCGGACAUGCCGUAUCUACAGGCUGUUUUAAAAGAAACACUUAGGCAUCACACUACAGCCCCGAUCCUCAUUCCCCACAUGACAAGUGAUAGCGUAACUCUAGGUGGUUACCACAUCCCUCCCAACACCAUGAUCCAAAUCAACGCGUGGGCUCUAGCGCACGACCCAACGGUCUGGAUCAAACCGCACGAAUUUGACCCGUCCAGAUUCCUUGGCCCUGACGCCCCUGACCUGACCGGGCAGAAUUUUAGCCUGCUGACCUUUGGUUCGGGCAGACGGGGAUGCCUUGGGUUAAACUUGGGGACGGACCUGUCUGCCCGCCUGCUGGCGAAUUUUAUUCGCCGGUUUCAGAUUGAGCUGCCCGAAGAUGUACAGGCAGCUGGGGGCGUAGACAUGACGGAACAUUUUGCGCUGACCGCAAUGCUGGCGAAGCCGCUCAGAGUGGUGUUGAGGGAGAGGAAGGGAGUGGUAGGGGCGGUGGUGGCUGAUGCGGGUGCUUGA